CAGAGAUGAAUUUUCCUGAUUCCAGGCCUGGAACUCUAUUCGCUGCACUAUCCAGCUGUCCCAGGACUUAGAACUUAGAAUGUCAAAUUGGGAAGGAUAUUAGAAUACAGAAUGUCAAAGCUACAAGAGAGCUUUUGGAACCCUGAUUCUCAGAGCAGAAAGGGGGCUUAGAAUAUAGAACAUAAAACACCUUAGAACCCAGAAUGGCAGAACUGGAAGUUCCCUGAGAAUAUAUAAUGCCAGAGCCACGGGAACGACCUUAGAGAUGAUCUAAACCAAACUCUUCAUUUUUCAGAUAGAGAAACUGAGGUCCAGAGGAGUUAAAAAUGCUUUGCUCCAGGUCAUAAAAUUAGCUAAUAUAGCAGACAGCAUUCACACUCAGGCUUCUUGACUACAAGUCCAGUAUUCUUGCCACUGAGUUCUGUCACAGCUCUUUGGAUCUCAGUUUCCUCAGUUUGUUCAUUGACCCAGCUGUAAGACUCCAAGUGGUAGGUGUUGGCGGUGGGGGCUCAGGGCUGUCAUCUCCUCCAGUUAGUUUCUUGACCUAAUCUUGGGGUUGUGUUGGCAGCCCCCACCCUCUCUCUUCCCUGCUCUUUCCUCUGUGUAACUUUGACCAAAAUAGGCUCUGGAACUGGGAGAAGUUCCUUCCCCACCCUCUCCCCAUCCCCCUCCCUCCUUUCCCCCAGGUGCCACCAUAGGAGUCUGACUCUUGGCAACUGGCCUCAGGGUGGAUUUAGCGCCCUUAUGCAGUUCUGCUGGAUACUCAGCUGCUGAGUGGCCUUGCCCAUCCUGGCAGAGUUCCACGGGUGUGUUUGCUGUGUGGGCAUUUUGAUCCAAACACGGCUUUGAAUACAACCCAACAGUGGUUUUGAAUGUGUGCUCCUUCUGUGGGCUCAUCCGAGAUCUGGUUUUGUCAGGAGGUUUGUCAAAUAGCCCUAUGCGUCCGGCAUCACAUGUUCCCCACCCCACCCUGGGAAUCCUUUGGGCUCAGGGCUGAGGGACACAGUGGGAGAAGCCUUGGUCUAGAUUUCUGUCCAUGUGAUGCCUUGGCUCUCCCUGAUCCCCAGAAAGGAGAGGUCAUCCCUUAUAUGUCAGCUCAGAAAGGGGUGCUUUGAGAUCUAGAGUUGUCCCCUCGUUUCCCCCUCUCCCUACUCCAUGGAGCCGCUGGUCAAUGCUCUCACUAGCCAUGCAUCCCAGCCUCAGUCUCUUUGGAGGUGGGUCUGAUUGCCUCCCCGGUGCUAGUGGUUUCUAGUGUGGGGUGAGUGAGUGCUGAGAUCAGCAGGUAGGCUCUGGGCCAGGUGGAAAGAGUCCUGGGCUGGGCGUUUUGACUCCUGCAGCUCGGCGUCCCACCCCCAGGGAACCCAGCUUCCUCUCUCUGGAUUUUUAGUGUCACCCCGAGAUUCCCCCUUAUUUUGUAAGCCCCUUGAGGUCAGACCCUGUUUUUCUUUUUCUUAUUUGUGUCACCUGGGCUUAGCGCCAUGCCUGACAUACAGCAAGCGCCUAAUAUUAAUCCGCCAUUGACUGAGAGACUGGACUUCCCAACUGUGUGUGUGGAGUGGGGAUCUCUUUGGGCCAUAUAGAAUCUGGGCUUGGAAAGACUUGCCUUCAAGUCUUGCCUCAGAUUUUUCAAGGCACAAAAUCAGAAUGAUAAUACAGCGCCCGCCUCCCACGGUGAUGGUGAGAGAAAUCCUUUAGAAAUAAGAACUGUCAUCAUUCCUUUAAAUAUUUGUCAGUAUUUGAGGUUCUUCAUCUUCUGGAAAUGGUUCUAGACUGGGCCCCUGAGUUUGGAGAUAAGCUGGCUGGGCUCAGAUUGCAAGAUUUUAGAAGUGGGAGGGAUCUUAGAACCAUCUAGUCCAAAGUGCUCAUUUUACAGAUGGGGAAACUGAGGCCGAGCUUAGGGGCUGAAGCUAGGGGCAGGAAGCGGAAUCUUCUGAUUCCAAGUCCAUUGCUCCUUCUACUGUGCACAUUAUUUGUCACAGGAGGGAAGGCUUCAGUCUUAUCCAUGAAGCCCAGAGAGGGAUGGCAGUUUGUCGGGAGGCAAUCAACCUAGUAUGUCUUAAACUUUCUCUUUCUGCUCCAGGGUCCUUUUUUCUUUAUUAUCCUUCUCUCCUCCCACCCCCUGUCUAUUUCUUGGUUGAUGUUAGUCUUUGGGAAGCUUUGGACCUGCCUUCUCUCCCCCCAGAUGGAGACCAGACUUAGGCACAGGAAUUCUGGGUGUCCCUUCUCUUGGGAGGGGAGGUUCUAAGCGUCCCAUCUUUGGGAGCUGGAACUGAAUGAGAUUCCACCAAUGAGAGUAGCCCUAUCCCCCUCUCAGGGCCCUGAUAGGGGUGGACAGACAACCAAUAGCAGCUCCCUCAUUUGUAUAUGUGGAACUUAGAACUUGGAAUACCCACAUGCAGACCCUGGGCCCCAGAUGGCCCAGGGAGAUCACAGCCAAUCAGCUGCUGAGGCAGGGGGGAGCCUUCCCCACCUCUGUUUAUGAAGCAACAAUUCUGGGGGUUUCUCAGUCCCCAGGGGUCAGCCUGAUGAGGUGCUGUUUAUCUCUCCCUGGACUCCAGCAGGUGCCAGGGAAGGCCGACUUUAAUAUUAAUGAAUUGUCUCUGGAGGUGACCCCAGACCCCUGGGUUGUAGACAGGUUCUCAGAAGUUCCUGGAUGAAACAGGCCUGAGCCAGGUUGAGGCAAAUAGGACUUGCUGACCUCAACCCCCCGUGGCCCUGCUGCUGGUGGCGAAGGACACUCCCCAGCCUCACUCUAUCACGGGAAUCCUCCAGGGGAUGUCCAGCUGAGUAACCGCCUGAGGCCGGAGGGCUGGCUCCUGGUGACCUCUGGGCUUGUGUCCCGGCCAGGGACUGGCCCAGAGUCAGUGGAAGAGGAUAGCCCAGCCUGGCCCUUCUCCCUCCUUUCGCUGUCAUCGAAGCCCCCCCCAUUCGCCACGCUGCAGUGCGGCCCGCCCGCCCCCCGGCGCCUCCCCCCUUCCCCGCCGGGCCCUGCCCUGCCGCCCCCCUGUCCCCGGGCCCUUCCAGCCCCUGGCAGAAGGCGGACAGCCAUGAAGCUCCACGCAGUGAUGGAGAAUCUUCUGCAGCGGCAGCAACGGGCCCGGCAGGAGAUGGAGGCCCGGCAGCAGGCGCCAGAGCCGCCGGGGCCCGCCAUGCCCCCGGGGCCCGGUCCCACCGCUGACGACGGGGAGCCAGAGAGCAUGCGCAUGCAGCGGGCCCAGAUGGCGGCCCUGGCGGCCAUGCGGGCGGCGGCUGCCGGCCUGAGCCAGGCCCCGAGCCCUGGAGGCUCGGAGGGGAGCCCCAUGUCCGGCGAUGAGGAGGAUGAGGAGGAGAUAGAGGAGGACGAGGUAGCCGCGGUCCCACCUGCACGGGCAGAUGAGCCAGCCCACGGGACAGAGGGCAGCCACGGACGCUUCCAGGAGCUGGUCUCGGAGGAGGAGGAGGAGAUGAAACAAAAAUGGGAGGAAGAAGACUUUGAUGAAGACCCUGGGGAGGAGGAAGAAGAAGAAGAGGAGGAAGAGGAGGAGGAAGAUGACUAUGAAGAAGAAGAGGAGGAGCUUGGAGAGGAGGGUUUAGGUCCGGCUGGCCGGGCCAGGCUGGGCACUGGCUCCCUGCUCCCCCGGAAGCCACCAGCUCCCCAGCCCUUCCUGGGGGAUGCGUCCCGGAUGCUGGGGGGUCAGGAUCGCUUGGCUCCAGGACUCACCCACCCAGGCACCUCUCAGCUCCCACCUCAGCCUCAACCCCCUGACCACGGGGACUGGACGUAUGAAGAGCAGUUUAAACAGCUGUAUGAACUGGACGGGGACCCCAAGAGGAAAGAAUUUCUGGAUGACCUCUUCAGUUUCAUGCAGAAACGAGGGACCCCAGUGAAUCGGAUCCCUAUCAUGGCAAAGCAGGUCCUGGAUUUGUACAUGCUCUACGUGUUGGUGACCGAGAAGGGUGGCCUGGUCGAAGUGAUCAACAAGAAGCUCUGGAGGGAGAUCACCAAGGGCCUCAACCUGCCCACAUCCAUCACCAGUGCUGCCUUCACCCUGCGGACACAAUACAUGAAAUACCUGUAUCCCUAUGAAUGUGAGAAGCGUGGGCUGAGCAAUCCCAGUGAGUUACAGGCAGCCAUCGACAGCAACCGGCGGGAGGGCCGCCGACAGGGCUUUGGGGGCUCCCUCUUUGCCUACUCUCCAGGAGGAGCCCACAGCAUGCUCUCCUCACCCAAGCUACAGGUGGCCCCCCUGGCACUGUCGGCCAAUAGCAACGGAGGAGCCAUCGCCCCAACCCAGAAGAUCAAAAAAGAGGAGGAUUCUUCCAUUCCCAUCACGGUGCCCAGCCGUCUCCCCGUCUCCCUGGCAGGCCACUCUGUGGUGGCAGCCCAGGCGGCAGCUGUGCAGGCAGCUGCAGCCCAGGCAGCCGUGGUGGCCCAGGCAGCUGCUCUGGAACAGCUGCGGGAGAAGCUGGAGUCUGGGGAGCCUCCAGAGAAGAAGAUGGUCCUGGUGGCAGAUGAGCAACAGAGACUGAUGCAGCGAGCCCUGCAGCAAAACCUCUUGGCCAUGAGUGCCCAGCUGCCCAUGAGCAUCCGGAUCAAUAGCCAAGCAUCAGAGAAUCGCCAAGACUCAGCCAUGAACCUAGCCAGCACCAAUGGCACCAACAGUAUUAGCAUGUCCGUGGAAAUCAACGGUAUCAUGUAUACAGGGGUGUUAUUUGCUCAGCCUCCAGGCACGGCAGCCACUGUUCCAGCCUCCACUCACAACAAAGGUGGCAGCAAUGGCAGCAGCAGCAGCAACAACAGCAGCAACAACAGCAGCAGCAACAGCAGCAGCAGCAGCAGCCGGGGAGGGCCGGGCACAGGGCCUGGCAGCGGAGGUGGCAGCAACAGCAGCGGCAACAGCAGUGGAGGCAGCAGCGGCAGCAGCGGCUCUCAGGCUGGGGCAGCGGGUCUGUCUGUCCCUCCAGCUUCUACCUCGAAUAACUCUUUGCCUUAAGCUGCCAAGAGGGCUUAGCCUGCCCCCCUCCUCUCUCUCUCUCUCUCUCGCUCACUCCCUUUCUCACCCACUUGCUGAGCCCCCUGGACUGGUGGGGUGGUGGGAAAGGGAGACCCCAAGAAGGGGUGAGCAAGGGAGGAACGGGGAGUGGGGGGUGGGGAUAAUACGCCGGGGAAGGGAGAUCAAAACAGGGAGCUAGAGCUGACACCCCAAGAUAGAUACACACAUACCAGGAAAUCUAUAAAGAGAAUUGAAUAAAACCAGGGGAAAAGAGAAGGAACACUUGAAUUUCUCCAGGUUUCGGACCCUCCAAGAAAUGAAUCAUCAAGAGAAAGAGAAGGGGAAAGUAGGGAAAGGGGAAGCUAAAGAGACUUUUCGUAAUCCCCAAGGGACUAAGCUGGGUCCGUGGGGGUUCAGGUUUUUUAAUCAGUUGCUUUGUAGAUUCAACACUGUUUACCUCACACAUACCCUGCACUCUUUUUAUAAUUUCUGUUGUCAUCGAUCCCACGUUCAUCAUACCCAGCUCCUUGGUUCCACAGUAAGCCCUGAGCCUAGAGCAGAGAAGUCUUUGUUGGUGAUUUGGGGGAGUGGGGAAGGGGGAGGGAGGGAAGGGGAGAGAAGAAUUGUUUUUGUAAAGACAUAACUACACUCAAACUAUAUGGGGGUUUUUAAGAGGUUUUUGGCUUUUGUUUUGAGGUGGUUUUUUUGUAAAUAAUCUAUUUUAUUC